AUGUACAAGACGUCUCGCUUUAUUGAGCAAAUAAAUUGCCCAGGAACUUCUUCUCUAACUCCCAUAAGAGAUUACGAGAAUGACUUUUUUCACAUUAAUGAUGACAAGCUUCCUUCUAAGCCUAAAAACACAUAUAAAAAGGCGAAUCUUGAACCAUUACUGAAAAAAAAAGGGGCGAAAUCAAACAAACGACCAGCCAGUCUGGUUUUGGCCCAGUUUCCAGAGCCUGUUAACAAGAAGCAAUGCUCGCCACUAUAUUCGAAUGACUUCAAAGAAUUGGCCAAAGUCGCUACCCAGUCUCCAAUAAAGUCAGACCCCAAUUCAAAAAUAUCUGAGUUUAUCAGAAGCAUUAAAUUGCUGUACGACAAUGAGGUUGAGUAUGCUAAAAUGAUGGAAUUGUCGAACUCCGUUUACCGAAAGAAUCUGAAUGAAAACCCUGCUUUCAAGGCUAAACUUCUAGGUGUUGGCUCUCAUAAUGAAAUAUCGAUAUUUGGAAAUAUAGAAACGAUUGCUUCCAUUAGUAGGCUAUUUCUCAACAGUUUGCAAGGUGCUCUGGUUGACCAGAAAUUCAAGGAGGUUGACGAACUAUUUUGGGAAGAAAUUGAUAAAAAAUCAACCUUACAGGAAAAGUUGGCCAAAAAUCUCGAUAUUGGUAAGAUCUUUAACUUGAAUUUUCUGCGAAUCAAAUCGACAUAUUUAACCUAUUUCGUGACGCACAGAAAACAAAUGGAAUUUUUGGAUUAUAUGAGGGUAGGAAAUGAGAAACUAUUCGAAAAAUGGUAUAAGCACUGCUUCACUCUUGCAAAUAAUAACAAGCUGGAGGAUAUAUUUGAACUUCCAAUUAAAAGAUUAUCUGAAUGGACAUUGGCUUUAGAGAAACUUUGCAUCCUAACCAAAGAUGAAUUAUUUGAAAGUUGCAUUCGCGAUAAUAUUCGAAACACGCUCGAGCAGUAUCGCACUUUUGAAAAAUAUGUUGAGAAUGAAAUAUCUGAAUUCAAUGGUACAGUAAAUUAUGAUUUCAGUCUAACACCCAUUGAAAUAAUUCAAAGCUAUGGGUUAGAUAAUGUAAACGUACAUACUCCCUUACAAAACUCCAAUGAGAAAGCUGAAAAAGAUCACAAGAAAGGAAAUAAGCGUUUAACGUGCAAUUCCAUCAAGACUUUCGACCGCUCCACAAGAACGGUUUCUAUUUUUUCCGGAUCUUCAAGUCGAUAUUCUGAAUACGACAUUCCCUCCACAAUCGACGCAUCAGUACAGUCGACAAAUUCGUCCUCCAAUCUCACAUCCGAUUCAAAUAUACUUUGGGACUCUACCAUCUCCGAUCUGACACUCUGUGAUCACGUUGAGAAUUUCAAGAAGGUGCACAGGGGCUUGUCAAAUCUUAAGAAAAUUUUGGGAAAGGAUGAUAUGAUUAGCGUAUUGGAUAUACAUCUGAAGCAUGCUGCACUUUGGGGGGCAGUCAUAGAAUGUGACGGUGAAAACAUUGCGAUUCAAGAGGACGCGACUUUCUUCUUCUCGUCAAUGCAUAAUGAAUAUAUUAACAAACUGCAAAGAUUGAGGGAAGACGUGGCGGUCAUGAAGGUGACAGAAAUGGAGACUCUUGUGAAAAAGCCAUUAGUGGCAAUGCUGAAGUGUUGUGACUCUGUUAAAGCGCAACUUCAUGAUCUCAACGUAUUGAAAAGGGACUACAUGGUUUACCUACGAGAGAAAAGAUCUUCACUGCAAGACAUGAAAAGAGAAAUCUUAGCGAAUCACUUUAAGAAGUUGCAGGCAAAAUUAUUGCACGAUCUGCCAAUUUUUAUGGACCUUGUUUAUCGAACAACCUCUCUUGUGAUCUUAAACUACCACAAAAUGAUGCAAAAAUAUCUAGAAAUAACAGCAGGUGGUGAAUUGUUUUUAAUAAAGGAUCUUGAGCGCUUGGGGCAUUUGAGGAAAGAUGCAGGUAGGAAUUUUGAUAUCUUGCAGUCAUAUUCCACUUCAAGAUUCUGCAGCAAGCGCUAUGUAAGGGAUAACUGGUUUUUUGAACAGGAUCAAACUGAAAGCAGGAUUCUCCGUAAACUUUUUGAGCUAUAA